CGAACCCUUGCCCCCCUCCCCCAGUCUCAUGGCGAGGUUCGCAGGGAACGGCUCGGAGAAUCUCCGAGAAGAAGAAGAAGAAGAAGAAGAAGAAGAAGAGAAACCGCAGCAAUCAGGUUCCGAACAGACAAUAUUGGAGAUGGAAGCCAAAACCGAAAUUUUGAGUGAAGUAGGAUGGUUUAUUCUCGGUGAAAAUCAGCAACAUCUUGGUCCCUACGCAUUUUCAGAGUUGCGCGAGCAUUUCUUAAAUGGCUACCUCACCCACUCUACGCUGGUCUGGUCACAAGGAAGAAGCGAAUGGCAGCCACUGUCCUCAAUUCCUAAUUUGGUCACCCAACUUGCUUGCCAUGACCCAGUGCCCCCCAGUGGUAAUGAUGAUGACUUUGAGAAAUGGCAGAAGCAGAUUUCUAAGGCAGAAGCAGAUAGUGAAAGACCUUCAACACCGCCAGAGGGCGAGGAAGAGUUCAUCGAUGAUGAUGGGACUCAAUAUAAGUGGGAUCGGGGUCUUAGGGCUUGGGUUCCUCAGGAUAGCAUGUUUGGGGUAGAGGAGAUGACUUUCUUGCAAGAAGAGGAAGUCUUCAUGAAUGCCAAACCUUCUGAUGACUCUUCAAGGGAGGAGGUUGAUGCAACUGGAAUUUUUUCUGAUCCUUCUAAAGAAGAAGACACUAUUGUUAACUGUGAGGUAGAACAAGGGAAUCCAAAUUCAAAGAGAAAACUGUCGGAUACGGAAGAUGUGAAAAAGGAAGCUAAUAAACCUCCUGAUAGUUGGUUUGAGCUAAAGGUCAAUUCACAUGUUUAUGUGACUGGAUUACCCGAUGAUGUUACAGUUGACGAAGUGGUGGAGGUGUUUUCCAAGUGUGGGAUAAUAAAAGAGGAUCCUGAAUCAAAAAAGCCUCGUGUGAAGCUGUAUACUGAUAAAGCGACUGGAAAGAAAAAGGGAGAUGCACUUGUUACAUAUUUGAAGGAGCCCUCAGUUGAUUUGGCUCUCAAAAUUUUGGAUGGAACACCUCUGCGUCUUGGUAGCAAGGUUCUCAUGUCAGUCACCCAAGCUAAGUUUGAGCAGAAAGGGGAUAGAUUUAUUGCCAAACAAGCAGACAACAAGAGGAAAAAAAAACUGAAGAAGGUGGAAGAGAAGAUGCUUGGCUGGGGUGGUCGUGAUGAUGCAAAACUGUUGAUUCCAGCUAUUGUUCUUCUUCGUUACAUGUUCACUACUGCUGAAAUGAGGGCAGAUGAAAAUUUAAGUGCAGAAUUGCAGGCAGAUGUUGAGGAGGAAUGUCAGAAGCUUGGUCCCGUGGACUCAGUCAAGGUUUGUGAGAAUCAUCCCCAGGGUGUUGUUUUGGUAAGAUUCAAAGAUAGGAAGGAUGCUCAAAAGUGCAUAGAGUUGAUGAAUGGAAGAUGGUUUGGUGGUAGGCAGAUACAUGCAAGUGAGGAUGAUGGUUUAAUUAACCAUGCUUUGGUCCGGAAUCUGGAUGAUGAUGCUGAACGCUUAGAGCAGUUUGCUUCCGAACUUGAUGUAUGAAUGAGUUUUGUGUCAAUCUUGUAGUUAAGCCAGUCAUACAUCAGGAUUAUGUUGUAGAAAACGUUCAACAUAUGACGGUCUUUGGCCAUGUUGUUAGGGACCGUUACGUGAGUUUUGACAUUUGAAAAGCCGUAGGUGAAGUACUAUUAUCGUCACUAAUGUAAAUUCUGGCUGUGGUCAUUAUAUGAGCUAAUAAUUUUCAUAUUUUUGAUCUUUUCUUCA